CUUGUUCGCCCGAGUGCUGGCGCAAGUGAGUGUUCACCCGAUCCUAGAGACCUGCAGAGCUGGUGGCGAUGCUGUCGGGCACCCAGGCAGUGGCAGCGGAAUGCGCGGACGCGGAGCUGCGGUGCCGUGUUGCUGUGGAGGAGUUGAGCCCGGGCGGGCAGCCGCGAAGGCGCCAGGCCCUACGCACCGCGGAGCUGAGACUGGGUCGUAACGAGCGCCGCGAGUUGAUGCUGAGGCUGCAGGCGCCCGGGCCCGCGGAGCGGCCGCGGUGCUUUCCCCUGCGCGCCGCGCGCCUCUUCACGCGCUUCGCCGCGUCCGGGCGCAGCACUCUGCGGCUUCCCGCCGACGGCGCUCCCCGGACCGGCGCCGUGCAGCUGCUGCUCUCCGACUGCCCCCCUGACCGCCUGCGCCGCUUCCUGCGCACUCUGCGCCUCAAGCUGGCCGCGGCCCCGGGUCCCGGGCCGGCCUCCGCCCGCACGCAGCUGCUUGGCCCGCGGCCCCGCGACUUCGUCACCAUCAGCCCGGUGCAGCCCGAGGAGCUUAGGCGCGCGGCGGCCACCUGGGUCACGGACUCCACGCCGGUGAAGCAGCCCACGGAGCCCCGGUCCGGGGCCAAGCCCAGCACCGAAGUCCCAAGGUGGCCCCUGCCUGUGAAGAAGCUGAGCUUGCCCCCCACCAAACCAGAGCUUUCCAGGGAACAGGCUGCUGUGCUGAGGGUUGUCCUGAAAGGCCGGAGCAUUUUCUUCACUGGGAGUGCAGGGACGGGGAAGACUUAUCUGCUGAAGCGUAUCCUGGGCUCACUGCCUCCCACAGGCACUGUGGCCACUGCCAGCACGGGGGUGGCAGCCUGCCACAUCGGGGGUACUACCCUCCAUGCCUUUGCAGGCAUUGGCUCGGGCCAGGCUCCCCUGGCCCAGUGUGUGGCCCUGGCCCAGCGGCCAGGUGUGCGGCAGGGCUGGCUGAACUGCCAGCGGCUAGUCAUUGAUGAGAUCUCCAUGGUGGAAGCAGACCUAUUUGAUAAGCUGGAAGCCGUGGCCAGAGCUGUCCGGCAGCAGAACAAGCCAUUUGGAGGGAUCCAGCUCAUCAUCUGUGGGGACUUCCUGCAGCUGCCGCCUGUAACCAAGGGAUCCCAGCCCCCGCAGUUCUGCUUCCAGGCCAAGAGCUGGAGGAGAUGUGUCCCAGUGACCCUGGAGCUGACCGAGGUGUGGAGGCAGACAGACAAGACCUUCAUCUCUCUGCUGCAAGCUGUGCGGCUGGGCAGGUGCUCAGAUGAGGUCACCCGCCAGCUCCGGGCCACGGCUGCCCACAGGGUGGGGCGAGAUGGGAUUGUGGCCACGAGGCUCUGCACCCACCAGGAUGAUGUGGCCCUUACCAACGAGAGGCAGCUGCAGAAACUACCAGGUGAGGUACACAGCUUUGAGGCCAUGGACAGUGACCCUGAGCAAGCCCGGACCCUGGAUGCCCAAUGUCCCGUUAGCCAGCUCCUUCAGCUAAAGCUGGGGGCUCAGGUGAUGCUGGUGAAGAACUUGGCAGUGUCUCGGGGCCUGGUAAACGGUGCCCGAGGGGUAGUAGUUGGGUUCGAAGCUGAGGGGAGAGGGCUGCCCCAGGUGCGGUUCCUGUGUGGAGUCACCGAGGUCAUCCGUGCUGACCGCUGGAUGGUGCAGGCCACUGGGGGCCGGCUUCUCAGCCGGCAGCAGCUGCCCCUCCAGCUGGCCUGGGCCAUAUCUAUCCACAAGAGCCAGGGCAUGUCCCUGGAUUGCGUGGAGAUCUCUCUGGGCCGUGUGUUUGCCAGCGGCCAGGCCUAUGUGGCCCUUUCCCGGGCCCGCAGCCUGCAGGGCCUAUGUGUGUUGGACUUUGACCCCAUGGUGGUUCGCUGUGACCCCCGUGUGCUGAACUUCUAUGCUACCCUGCGGCAGGACAGGGGCCUCAGCCUGGAGUCCCCAGAUGACGAUGAGGCAGCCUCAGACCAGGAGAACGUGGACCCGAACCUUUGAUCUGCAAAGAGAAGACAAAGGGUGGUCGCCCCCUCUUCCUGCUCCCUGGUGGGCCAGGCCCCAGGGGAUACCUGGGGGAGGGUAGUGAAUGUCCCUUUCU